GCAUAUGCUAUUACAUUAUUGCGCAGUCGUCUUCUCAACCAGGCGUUCCAAUGAAAUAAAAUUCAAUUUGUAUUAAUAACUUCUCCAAUUUGCUCGAUAAUCAACACUUCCCUUUUCGAAACUCAUUCAGAUCGAAACUCGAAAUUCUCUCGAUUCUUAAAUGUCGACGGUCACGGCCGCCCACAACCACCGCCACGUCCUCCGUCUGAUCCUCUCGUGUCGCAAAAUCACGGCGCAAGUGUCCAACACAUCGACCUCCUCGAUCGUCGCCAUGGCCUCGUCGUCCCAUCACGACUUUCUCACGCGCUACCACUCCAAACUCAACCGCUUCCCCCGCUGCCACCGCUUCUGGGACUCCACUACCGCAUCGCGCGUGGGCGACAAACUCGCCUUUCAGCUAAAAGAAAUCGGAAUCGAAUCCGUUGGUAUUGAUCUCCAGGAAGAGCUCUCCAGGCCACCGCAUCAGUUGACCAUGGUCCUGCCGCUAUUUGAUUCGGUGCGUCGCGCUGGUGUCGUCGUUGAUGGAGCUGAGAAGUUGAGACCAAUCGGCCAGUCUCCGGUUAGUCUGGACUAGGACAGUGAGAGAACAAUUUUUUGUGCCGGGGGUUAAUUGUAAGAUUUGAGAAUGGGUGUCCUAUUCGAAUAGUCGUUUAUCUAUUUUGGACUGCAACAUUUUUUCAAAGUUUUGUAUUUUGAUUUGUUACAGGUUAUACAUUUUUCUUAAAUUAAUAAAUUAAUCGGCCAUUUUAUUAA